AUGGAUCUGGAUACUACCAAAGCCAACGACAGUGGUCAGACCGAUGUUGUGCGCUUUAUGCGGGGGCUCGAUGGGCGGGACCAUCCGGCGCUAGACACGAGAGUCCGAACGGGCGUCGCCUACGAUACUAACACAAAGCGCUGGACUAGGACCCUAAAGGCCAAUUCGAGUGCGAGCGAUGAUGAUCUCAACGAAAUUUACAAGGACUGCUUUGCUGCCCGUGAUAGCUUCCUGGAAAUUGUCGACAACUACCGGCUGAAGCAUGGCCAGCAGCCAAUCCAGCAUAACCUGAGCCAUGACUGGAAAGACGUUGAAACGACCAUGACCCAGGCCUGUGAUGUCCUCGACGGCCUGGCGGCCAGUGACCAGGACGUUCAAGGCUUCACUGGCAAGAUCCGGAGAGCGUUUCGAGCUCUCUGCAGAAAUGCAAAAGAUGCGAAAGUCUUCAUCGCCUUUAUACCUUCAAACUUUGCGUUUAGCGCGGCGCUCUGUGCUGGUCUGCAGACGCUCUUCACUGCGAUGGAGCAGGCUGGUUAUCACCGAGGCGUCGUUUACAGAACCCUCGAGCGGCUUCCUGUUAUCUUGAAUGAUCGAGCCGUGUCGCUGGAAAACCUUCCAGAGGAUGAAGAAAUACACAGAAGAAUGGCGAAUCUCUACGAGGCUACUCUGAAAACCCUGCAGAUUAUACUCAAGUGGUUCUACAAGAACUCUCUUAAAUCUGGCUUGCGAGCCCUGGUAAAGCCAUCAGAACAAUCCGACAAACUCAACGACUGCCUGGAAGAGGUCAAGUGGUGGGCCGAGCAAGUAAAAGAAAGAGCCCUCUUUCUCUCGCAGAAACUCGGGGACCAGUCCCUGCAGUUACAGUACGAGACGGUCUAUCUUCAGCAAGCCGCGAUUGACAUGCAAAAUCAUGUAGGCGGCGAUGUGCAAGAAGUGUUGCGUCGUCUCGAGGCUCUUAACGACCUUGCCACCGUUCUCGUGGAUACUGCGAACCAAAUAUCUACGCGAGUGCAGCAAUCUAGACCACACAAGGCCGCACCACGGAUCAGGUCAAGGCCGGUAACGCCCUCGGGCGUGGUGGAGGAGCUGCUGAAGCGCUUCGAAUACGAUGCCUCGCUGAUACCACAGGAUUGUACAAACCUAUUGAAGCUGAACCCAGACAAGGAUGAUCUAGACGAAGACAAACUCAUGGCUAUGAUACAAAGCCCUAGAUUACGCUCCUGGCUGGCCAUCGACGAAUCCUCAACGCUCCUAAUCAACGGACAGGGGCGGCCGACGCCAAAAUCGGAAGUCUCCUACACAGCUGCCAAACUCGCCGAGUCUCUCAUUCGCAUUGCUGCUGAGCAGCCGAACAUUGUUGCCCUGGCUUACUUCUGCGGACAGCACCAGCGGCUCUCCGAUGUAUACGCCAGCCCUUCUGAACUCAUCAUGAGCCUGCUGCUACAGCUUAUCGAUGGAUAUCGUGGCUUUUUGCAAGGCGAACUAGAGCGAUGUCUCCAGGACGUGGACCCUCGCCAUGUUGUUAGUCUCUGUCAGGCUUUCCAUCGAUUGGUGGAGAGGUUGCCCAACGAUAUAUUCCUCUAUGUUGUCGUUGAUGGGCUCAGUUUCUUCACGGACCCAGCCGAUAGAAGAGAACAGACUGCCACGAUAAUUCACCAGCUUGUUGGCUUGCACGCAGAGUCAACCAAGGCUACCGUGAAGCUUUUAUUCACAUGUCCAACAAGGGCAUCAUUUGUCGAGGAUAUAUUCGAAGAAGAGGAAAUCGUGAAUCUACCACGGAAUCCGAAGCCGAGCCAAUGGAGCCAAUCAAGGUGGAAGAAUUUCUUGGUACACAGAUAA